GACUGGCACACACGAGAGUCCCAAAACAGGUGUGUACAACUUGUUGAGCUGCUCAUAGGUCAUGUGCAAAAGGUGUCUAUAAAUUCAGGGGCUUUCUCCAUCCUCAGAGACAAAGUAAGCUCCAGCAUUAAGUAAGGAAACUAAACGGAGUAACAACACCAAGAAGCUAUAUCUUUUUCCUUUCUUGCUGGAUUAAAACCUUCUUGGAAAACUACCAAGUGAGCUGUGGUAUGCUAACUGGCUCAAUUGUGAGAAAGUCUAUGGACAAAGGCUAUUCAACUACAGAACCUCUCCCAAAUAUCUGUCUAAUUGUUGAGAAAACCUGAAACUUAUCUGCAUCAUUUUGUAAAAAAACAAAAAAUGGUUGUCGUGAAACCGACCGACAUGGUGCCCUCAGCGGGCAUUAAGUUCUUCGGAGCAGGCACGGCUGCUUGCAUUGCCGACCUCAUCACCUUUCCAUUGGAUACGGCCAAAGUCAGGCUGCAGAUCCAAGGCGAGGCUCACAACGUUGACGGAUCCAGCGCAGUGAAGUAUCGGGGCGUGUUCGGCACCAUCAACACCAUGGUGCGCACAGAAGGGGCCAGGAGUCUUUACAACGGACUGGUAGCAGGUCUCCAGAGGCAGAUGAGCUUCGCGUCUGUUCGCAUCGGCCUUUAUGACUCCAUGAAGCAGUUCUACACUCGAGGCUCUGAGAGUGCUGGGAUUGUUACCCGACUCAUGGCGGGCUGCACCACAGGAGCCAUGGCUGUGGCCUUUGCACAACCGACAGAUGUGGUGAAGGUGCGUUUCCAGGCCCAGGUGCGGUUGGCUGACGGUGAGAGGAGAUACAACAGCACCCUGGAUGCCUACAAGACGAUUGCUAGAGACGAGGGAGUUAAGGGACUCUGGAGAGGCUGCAUGCCAAACAUCACCCGCAAUGCCAUUGUAAACUGUGCCGAACUGGUCACCUAUGACAUGAUCAAAGAACUCAUUCUGAAGUACGACCUGAUGACAGACAACCUGCCAUGCCACUUCACAGCUGCCUUCGGCGCCGGCUUCUGCACCACCGUAGUAGCGUCUCCUGUGGACGUGGUUAAAACACGCUUCAUGAACUCAGGAACUGGGCAAUACACCAGCGCCGUCAACUGCACUCUGACGAUGCUGAGAAAUGAAGGACCUGCAGCUUUCUACAAAGGAUUCAUGCCUUCUUUUCUGCGUCUGGGAUCUUGGAACAUCGUCAUGUUUGUGACAUAUGAACAAAUUAAAAGGGGUAUGACCAGAGCGCAACAGUACUGGGAGUCACCGUUUUGAUUGCAACUCGUAAAGGCCCUUUUAUGAAGAAUGCAGACAUGCAAAAAGGCCUUACAUGCAGCGUGACUCGAUGAAAAAGACUGUGCGAUAAGGCUGGACACGAAGAAGCGUGUGAGGAGGCCCUAAUUAAGGAGUUAAGUGGUGAUCAGGCCUGUGAGGGCCAGAGGCCAUACUUCGUGACCUACCACUUAGGACUUGGUUCGUGAAGAAUCUGGGACAUUCCUGCAAGGCCGGGAAGAUUUGCACCUUAUAGAACAAGGAUUCAUCUUGUGGACUGAUAGGACAAGUACUUUUAAGCAAGGAAUUCUGCUCAACAGGCUGUUUGAUGACCGAUUUCUACGUUUACAAGGAGUAACUUUCCAGUCACAUCAACAGCUUUGUUGCGUGAGGAUGACUGACAUUCAGUAGAAUUUUUUUCCACAAAAAGAAUGACCAUUUCACCUGUAUAUUACCUCCUUUAUUGGCAUUGCUAACAUGUUUACACUGUUUAUCUUUGUUUUAGCCAUAUGUGGCUGGAGAGGAUUGUUGGAAUGUAAAGUAGGCACUUCAUAUUGUUUAGCUGUAGGAUUUAUUGCUGGUCAAUGGGUCAUGAGUGUACUGUGCACCAUGAAAGACAGCUACAAAAUGUAAAUGCCGAGUUAAAAUCUGGAAUUUU